ACCUUGGCGCUGAAGUCCCCGGUCCAGUUGUUGUUGUGGUGGUUGUCAUGGGCGGCCAGCUGGAGUACGGUUUUUGGCCCGGUUUUUUGGUGUUGCUGUAGGCGGGCUGUGUGCUAGUGAAAAGGGCCCAGGAUAGGACUGCUCGGCGUCUGGUGAGGCGAUCCGGGCCUAGACCUGACUGAAGGAGGAGCCCGGAUUUUGCUCCGGUUCCUGAUACUUUUGUGCGCAGCUUGGAGGGCAGACCGAGGGCGGCAACGCUGUUCUGGGCGGAGAGCCUGCUCCAAGUUAAUGGAGCGGCAACAUUUCAUCGUGGGAGCUGGCUGGCAGGCAACGGACGAAUUUGGUAUCAUCGCAUGUUUCCGUUACAGAGGGUGAGAACACACAAGUGAUGGCUUAUGUCUGAAAACAUGCGGCACCGAUGCUUGCUGCUGGCUGUGUGUGGAUGGGCAGUUUUCAUGUUGCUGUUUGUCAGUAAAUUUAUUACUUUAAGUCUCAGAGAUAAAGAAGAAUAUGGUAUUAAACCACAAAUAUUGGAUAAGACUGUGACUAAAAAAAUCAAGCCUCAAGAACGAACUUUACAUACAGCUAAGCCUGCUCCAAGUACACCGAAUGAAUUGGAUCCUCACUGGGAUGCAGUACAUGCUGAACGCCUCAAUCUUCUGAAGAACGUCUGCAGAAAUGCAUCUUUACGGAAUCUGACAUAUUGUCCUAUCACAAAGUUUGUCUUGGAUCGUAUUUUUGUAUGUGACAAGCACAAAAUUCUGUUCUGUCAAACCCCAAAAGUUGGCAAUACACAGUGGAAGAAAGUUCUUAUUGUUCUAAAUGGAGAAUUUAAAUCUAUUAAAGACAUUCCUGAACCUUUGAUCCAUAAUCAUGAGAGGAAUGGCCUACCUCGUUUGUCAUCAUACAGUGAACUAGAAAUAACAAAAAGAUUGAAGACGUACUUCAAAUUCUUCAUUGUUAGAGAUCCCUUUGAAAGACUUAUUUCUGCAUUCAAAGACAAGUUUCUAAAGAAUCCUCGAUUUGAACCGUGGUACAGAUAUAACAUUGCUCCAGCUAUUAUUCAGAAGUAUAGAAGAAAUCGCACUGAAACUAAAGGAUUACAAUUUGAUGAUUUUAUUCGCUAUUUAGGUGACCCGAACCAUAAGUGGCUUGAUAUUAAAAUAGGAGAACCCAUUAUUCACUGGGCUACGUAUGUAGAGCUUUGUGCACCUUGUGGAAUCAAGUAUAAUAUCAUAGGACAUCAUGAAACUCUGGAAAAGGAUGCUCCAUACAUUUUAAAAAAAGCAGGAAUGAGUAACUUGGUAUCCUAUCCACCAAUUCCAUCAGGUAUUACAGCAUACAACAGAACCAAGGUUGAGCAGUAUUUUUCUGGAAUCAGCAAACGGGAUAUAAAACGCCUUCAUGCUCGUUUCCAAGGAGAUUUCAAACUGUUCGGUUAUGAUGAACCAGAGUUUUUGUUAAACUAACUUAGCAAAGUACUCUGCCUAAUAGGGGUGCAAUGAAGGUUUACGUUAUUGUUUGGAGUUUUUCAUUAAACACUGGACAUUUUAAUGCUAUCACCAGCAGAGGUCAGUGAAGGCACGUGGAGUGAAACAAACCUUGAAACAACAGUUUAAUACAUGCAUGUACGCAAUAAUAAAUGGACCCAAGAAUAACAAUAUUUUAGAAGUAGAUCAGCAGUAGUGUAAUGCAUGGAACACAUCAAAAGAGCCAUUUCAGGCCUUCAAAAUGUCGUGAAAUAUUUCCAAGAACAAGUACAGUAGAAGGCAAUUACUGAACAGUAUAAAUUUGGAAAAUAAUGUUGUAAAUGUCUUUUGACCCCAUAUUGAAUUGUUGCUGUCACACACUUAACAGUCAUAGAUACUGGCAAAGUAAUUUUCUUGUGACUUAUUUGAUUUAGUUGAGUUUAGGUACAAACAUUGGACAAGUCUUUUAAUACAAUAGGUAUUAAAAUUUGCACAUUUAAAGCUACAAUAUUCAUUUUUAGGGAUACCUGUUUUUCAGUUUUAUUAAUUAUCUAGGUUACAAUUGGUACUUUUUGAGAAUUUAAUUUCAGUUCCCUCCUGGCAAACAGAAGACUUGACUGAGCAGCAUUUUCCCUUUGAUCCUUCUGGGUUGGAGAACUCAGCACCUGCAGUGACUGAUAGAAAUUGCUGAAUAAUAUAGUAAAAAAUUUGCAAAGAUGGUGAAUCUUGAUACGCAUACAUCAAGCAUUCCAAUUAAUAGAUUAAGCUACCAGCAACUGUUAUUUAUAAACUUUUAUGUCAACCUACUGAUAAAUGCAUUAUGUAACAUUAAAAAGUAAUAUGACAAAAAAAAACCCAGAUUUUAUUUCACUAACUACUUUGAGGAAUGUGUAUCUGAGCUUCCUUGCAUCAUGAUUCUGAUAUUUUAGUGUGCUAGCUAAUGCAUGGACCAUGUCUUUAUAAGCAAAUAGUCAUUUGGUGGUACCGACGUUGCUGAAAAAAACGUUGUGUCAAAAGUUUUUUGUUGUGCACUUAUCUGCGUAUCUCACAAGAAUACCAAUUCAAGGGGCUAAAUAAACAUUUGUACUGCAUAAAUGAAGAGUGGUGAUUGAUUAUCAAGUGGACUCUGAUUAGUAGAGGAGUGGCCACAGAGAAUGCACCAAUUACAAUGAUUCUAAGCGAGGCAGGUUGACUCUGAUUGAUCAACUGUUGAGAAAUAUAUCAGCAAGCGGCUGUUACUUAUUGAUUAAAAAUAAUUGCAGUACAGGUACGUGUUCAUGUUGUAUGCAGUGAUAUGGGGUUCCCCCUCCUUGCAUUGGUACUGUUGUAAAUUGUCCUGACAAGUGCAAGACAAAAACUUUCAACAAAAUUUAUCUUAAUAAGCAAUAUUCAUAUCAGCAUAAAUAUAUUUAAACUAGUGCAUAAAAUACAUAUGGAAAUAUUUUAACCUCUUGGUUGUUAGAACCUUUUCUUCCCAAAAUGUAUAAUUUUUGUAUCCAUAGAAAGAUGUAUUAUUUAACUAUUAUUUCAGUGGCGAACACUGCCUACUUUCAGCUAAGUCUAUACCUGAAUGUAGCUGAAAUGCUGAUCUGUUCCUAUGCUGUCUCCAGACUUAACUAUUUCAGUGGCUAUCUGGUUAACAUCCAAUCCUCCAUUCUCUACACAUUUCAACUAAUUCAAAAUCUCUUUGGUAAAUAUUCUGUUCUUUAAUAUGUCCGACUUGCCCUUUAAAUGUUUUUUACAGAUAGACAAUGGCUUCCAAUCAUUGGGGAGGUGAUAGCUUAGUGGUAUUAUUGCUUGACUGUUAAUCCAAUGACUCAGGCAGUGUUCUG